AUGUCGGAGAGGGCGUCGCGGUCGUCACGUGGCAAGGCCGAAGGGGCCGGGUCCUCGCGACAGAACUUGUCAGCGGCCCAUAAGAGGAGGAUGGCAGACCGGGCAUCACAGAGAGCAGGCCGUGAGAGAACGAAUAACCAUAUACGCCACUUAGAGAAGCCAGUCGAGUCUUUGCAGAAGUUAUGCAAAAGCAUCGAGCACCCCGAUGAGACACGGACACGGGCACGCUCGAGCAGUUCGCCAGGUGUCGCCUUCAAGACAUCCAUGGAACCGGGUCUCCACCAGCAACCACUUCACACCGGAACCGCCGCAGCAGAUAUGCGUCCUUCUUUUCCGGUACAUGAGGGCCAACCUGAAUCUUGGUGGCAUCAGAUUGGCUUGAGUGAAAUGGAGGGAAUACACCAGGUGCCUAUCAAUCCUGUGCUAUUCUCCAUGGAUCCGUUGCUGCCAAACCCGAAUUCGCCGAUACAGGCACAAAGUCCUAUUCAAACUCUCCACACGGUACCAAGGCCAUUUCCAGCACUCUUUGGAUGA